AUGUGCAACGGCAAGAGCAGCGACGAGCGGUGGGAAGGCCGCGGCGCAGGGCAGUCGCCGCCCGCCGGCGCCGAGCGCCGCCCUCCGGCCUCCUCCUCGCGGCUCCCUUCCUCUCGCGCCUCCACGUCCUCCGACGCUGCCGCCCUGUCGCCCGACCCUGAUGCAUCGCCGCCCCGCCGCGCCUUCGUCCUCCUCCAUGGCGUCGCCUCGCUGGACGACCCCGCGGCCUCGACGCGCCGGACCCCGUCGCCUCGCCUCCUCACCUCUCCCUCGUCGGCUUCGUCGAGCCUCGCCGACCCGUUUGACUACAAUGGGGGUGAGCCCCAUCCUCCCUCUCUCCCCGUCCCCGUCGUCCGUGCUCCUGACCGGGGCCGCGAGCUCCGAGCGGUCACCGCGCCCGCGCCUGCGUCCCGUGCAUCGUCGCCCCGCCCCUGUCCUCGUCGUCACGGCUCGCUCGUAGCCGCCCGACCGCUCGCCGUGCCUCCCUCGCGUUGCGCCUCCCCUAGUCACCCCACCGCGCCCGCGCGCUGCCUCGCCUCGCCUGGCCUCGCCACUGCCGCCUCAGGCGGCCGGCCUCGCCGUGCCCAUGGCCGGUGGUUUCCCCCCUUCGAUCUGGGGGUAAGCCCAAUCGGGCUGGGCGCCAGCGCCCGUAACCCACAUGCCCGCUAG